AUGGCGGCCGGUAGCAGCGGAGCCGGCAGCGGGCUGGGCGAUGCCUGUAAGCACCACGCGCAGCUGGGGGUCUGCGAGUCGCGCGCCAAGUACCGGGAGGGCCGGAGGCCGCGCGCCGUGAAGGUUUAUACUAUCAACUUGGAAUCUCGUUAUUUACUAAUACAAGGAGUUCCUGCAUUAGGUGUUAUGAAGGAAUUAGUGGAACAAUUUGCAUUAUAUGGUGCCAUUGAAGAGUAUCACGCUCUAGAUGAAUAUCCAGCAGAGCAAUUUACUGAAGUUUAUCUUAUAAAAUUCCAAAAGCUGCAGUGUGCAAGAGUGGCCAAGAAAAAAAUGGACGAACGAAGUUUCUUUGGUAGUUUGCUGCAUGUGUGCUAUGCUCCAGAAUUUGAAACGGUCCAAGAAACUCGGGAGAAGUUGCAGGACAGAAGAAAGUAUAUCGCAAAAGCAACAAAUCAAAGAGAUUGCUUGGUGUCAAAGAAAGUAGAGGAGCGUGAGAAAACCAUCUCAAAGAACUCUGGCUGCCUGUGGAGUACUCCAGGGUCAUGUACAACUGGUAACUGGGAUCCAUCCUGCUUUACAAGUUUGCACAGGGUAUCCCAAAACACAGGAUUUCCACCUGGGAACCAUCGUCAGAGCCUGCUGACAUUUCCCCAGUAUGACAACAACUGUGCUGAAACUUCUGGGUACUUUAGUCAGAGCGCAUCUCUGACUCUAAAUGUACAGCCAGGACGACGUAUUCCACCAGCUCCUUUAAUGCAGCAAAGAACAGUUCUGAUUGCUAAUGGAGUUGACAGGUUUCUGCCUCGUACAACUCACCUGCAAGAACGCAAGAGGAGGAGAGAAGAAGGCAACAAGUUUUCCCUCAAGGGAACAAGUGUGGACAAUACUGAAGUCAUUAUUGGCCCACAGCUGCCAGAAGUACCUAAAGUGGAUAUGGACGAUGAUUCAUUGAAUACUUCAGCCUCAUUAAUUCGAAAUAAACUGAAAGAGGUAGCUGAUUCUGUUUCAAGAACAUCUGUGGAAAAGCCAGAGAGUAGCUCAGCCAAGCCACUUUUAAAGCAGAGAAGAAGAAUAUAG